GUUGUGCAGAGGGAUAUAGAUUGAAGAUCCUCAUUUUGUUAGAGGGACACUCAGCAGCACACAUCUCCUCUGUUGCUUAAGACCCAGGAAUCAUGAUAUUUGUAUUUUUGCUCUUUAGUCUUUAUUUCAUUGAGACUGAAUCUCUCACCAUCUGCUCUUUUAAUGUCAGAUCCUUUGGAGAAGCAAAAUGUGCCAAACCUGAGGUGAUGGCUCUCAUUGUGAAGAUUGUAUCUCGUUGUGACUUAAUGCUUCUAAUGGAAAUCAAAGACAACAAGGAUAAAGCAAUCCAUUCCUUGAUGGAUUUACUCAACAGCCAAACAGAGAUGAAGGACGAAUACAGCUUAAUAAUAAGUAAAAGGCUUGGUCGUAACACAUACAAGGAGCAGUAUGCGUUUAUUUAUAGGAAUCAGCUAGUCUCGGUGAAGGAAACCUAUCAGUACCAUGACAUGCAGGCUGGAGAUCCUGAUGCAUUUUCCAGAGAACCCUUUAUUGUUUGGUUCAACGCCCCUACAACUGAAGUGAAAGAGUUUGUCAUCAUCCCUCAGCACACAACUCCUGAAGCCGCCGUUCGAGAGAUCGAUGAACUAUACGAUGUUCACCUUGAUGUAAAAGAGAAAUGGAAAUCAAAGAAUUUUAUUUUCAUGGGUGAUUUCAAUGCAGGAUGUUCCUAUGUUCCCAAAAAACACUGGAAGAACAUACGGCUGAGGUCUAAUCCAGAGUUUAUCUGGCUAAUUGGGGACAAAGAUGAUACAACAAUUAAGAGCACCACCAACUGUGCAUAUGACAGGAUCGUGGUUCAUGGGGAUAAGAUGAUGAAAUCUAUAGUCCCUGACUCAGCCAGUGUGUUUGAUUUCAUAAAAGAAUUUGGACUGACGGAAACUCAGGCUCUGGAAGUCAGCGAUCACUUCCCAGUGCAGGUGCAAAUCAAAAAAGCCAAAAGUUUUGUGGAUAAAACCAAAUCUUUCUUCAAAAAGAUAAAAGACAAAAUUUCAGGAAAGUGAUCAUUUCAACAACAGUUACCUGUUUGGCACUAUAUUCUGUACUAUGUAGUCAUCCUGUAAUAAUAAACAUGAUAUAUAAUGCAAAUGACCCAAAAAAUUGUGACAAAGGCACAUUAUUAUUAUUUUUAAACAAAUAGUAAAAAAUAAACAUUUUGACGCAAUGGAAAGACAUAAAAUAACGUAAAGCAACUAGUAAAUAUUACAUAUAAAAAAAAAUUAAUGUGGCCAAGGGAAAAACUUUAAGGGACAGUAUGGUCACUAAAAUAACUUUAGCUUAAUGAAGCAGUUUUGGUGUAUAGAAUUUGCCCCUGCAGUGUUACUGCUCAAUUCUCUGCCAUUUAAGAGGUAAAUAACCUUGUUUAUACAGCUCUUGUCACAGCUCCCUGCCUGACUUACACAGCCUUCCUAAACAUUUUCUUUAAAGAGAGCUCUAAUGUUUAAACUUCCUUUAUAGCACAGUGUGUUUAAUCUAGAAUGUUGUAUCUGUUAACAGCCUUCUAGAUCUUGCAGGAGCCCUGUGUUAAUUAAAGUUUAAUUUACAGAACAGGAGUGUGAUUGAAAAUCCAUUUUAAUAAAACCUUCAUGCAGACUGUGUCAGUCACAGCCAGGGGAGGUGUAGAUAAAGCUGCAUGGACAGAAGCAAACGUGAUGUAGCUGCAAGAGCAUGGGCAGUACACCAAAACUACUUCAACUGCAGUUGUUAUUGUGACUAUAGUGUCCCUUUAAUGUAGGUGUGAUUGUGUAAGACACUGACCCACAGGAAAAUAGAGCUCUCGAUUGGUACAAUUCUGCACCAAAUACUCACAUGUUAAAGUUGAGAGUCUGACAGUUUAUUAUAGAUGUUCUAUUUGUUUUUCUGUGGCUGUCAGAUAAUCCUAUAGAUAAAGCUAUCUUCAGAGCUUAAAGGACCACUAUAGGCACACAGACCACUUCAGCUUAAUGAGGUGGCCUGGGUGCCAGGUUCAUCUAGAAUCAACCCUUUCUUCUAUAAACAUAGCAGUUUCAGAGAAACUGCUAUGUUUACAAAUGGGUUAAUCCAGCCUCUAGUGGCUGUCUCAUUGACAGCCGCUAGAGGCGCUUCUGUGCUUCUCACUGUGAUUUUCCCUAUAGUCCCAGGAAAACGAGUAUAUUUUCCUAGCACUAUAGUGGUCCUUUAAACGCAUUUCAGUGUACCACCACUUGCUUACAUUAGCCUAAUUUGUUUUGUCAUAUUACAUGAAUGUUCUGCUUGCUCGUUGUGCGGCUCUGUGAUAUAUUAACUGAUUCCUUUAUAAAUAAAAUGAUACUUGCAGGCAAACAGAUGGAAGAUGGGUCUCUGGCUGCAUUAAUUAUUAUGGACUGCAGAGUUGACAGCUGGGUAACGGAACAUCCUUUCAGGAGAAGGGUGCAAUAACUCAGGAGUGAAAUAGUUACUGCUUAAAUAAAGCUGUAAACUGAGGGAUCUGGAGAAAUACUAGAGGAUCAGCAUAAACGGUGACAGCAGAAUCAAUUAGGAAAAUCUAAAACUGCAAUAACUAUUAUAGGAUCACUAUAGUUUUAGGAAUACGUACUUGUAUCCCUAACCCUAUAGUGCCCCACUCCCUAGUUCUAUAUAGGUCAGUGCCAUAGUUUCCCAUAAAAAUGUGUACAAUCAAAGUUUUACUCAUCUCUCUAUCUCCCAUGGUGCCAUUGAGGAGGCAUGGCCUCCUCCCUGAUAGUCCAAUCCAAUGCUCAUAGAAAAGCAUUGUGGUCCAGAUGCCAUGAGUGGCGAGCUCAGUGCACACAUACAAGCUUCCCCUUGGGAAAGCAUUGUAUUCAGUGCUUUCUGAUGAGCUUCCGUGUCACAUGAGUUAUAGACACAAUGAGGUCACUGAUAUUAUUGGAGCACUGUCAGGACUCGGAUAAGGGAGGACCAUCCAGACUUAGGUUGCCAAAGGCCCUGAUGAACCAGCAUUCCAUCCUGCCUUAUAUUUACUACCUGACUAGGUCUAACAUACCUGAAAAACACAUAUUUCAUCAGCGAUACUCUUUCGAUUUACUCUUUCCAGUUUAAGGUCAAAAAUAAUAAAAUAAGUAUUCAUAAUCAUGCCCAUAAUCAUAAUAAAAUGUCUAAUUAUUUUAUUAUUAAAUUUGUUUAUGAACUUUU